AUGUCUGAAGAGCCUGCCGGAUUUUGUCGACAGGCGCAUGCAGGCAGGCAGGUUAGCUGCACUUGCUGCAGUAGCAGCAGCUGCUGCUGCUGCUGCUGCUGCUGCUGCUGUGGUUGCUGCUCUUGCUGCUGCUGCUGUUGCUCGUGCUGUUGUUCAUGUUGCUGCUUCUGCUGUUGUUCCUGCUGCUGUUGCCGUUGCUGCUGUCCCUUUUGGCGAGUUUGCUGCUGCUGCUGCUGCUGCUGCUGCUGCUGCGGUGGUCACUGCCGAGCGGCUUCGGUGAGCCUGCUGCUGCUGCUGCUGCUGCUGCUGCUCGUGUUGCUGCUGCUCGUGUUGCUGCUGCUCGUGCUGCUGCUGCUCGUGCCGCUGCUGCUCGUGUUGCUGCUGCUCGUGUUGCUGCUGCUCCUGCUGCUGCUGCUCGUGCUGCUGCUGCUAGUGCUGCUGCCGCUCGUGCUGCUGCUGCUAGUGCUGCUGCCGCUCGUGCUGCUGCUGCUAGUGCUGCUGCUGCUGCUGCUAGUGCUUCUGCCGUCAGUGGUGCUGCUGCUGCUAGCGGUACUGGUGCUGUUGCUGAUGCGGCUGCUAGCGCAGGUGGUGCUGUUUGAUUUGCUGCUGAAGUUUAAAGAGAGCAGCAGCAGCAGCAGCAGCAGCAGCAGCAGCAAAGAGCAGCAGCUCUUUAUAGAGGUCAAGGCCUCUGUCCUUGACACCUGGGAGUUUUGCCUCUCUCCUCAGCAGCUGCGGUUUGCUGCUGAGCACCAAACGGACUUUGUGGUUUUGAUGGUCUCGUCGCUGCGCUCGGGGGCCCCCCGGUGGGCAGCAGCAAAUAGAGUUUCGAAAUGUCUUUUAAGAGCUGCGGACGACAGCGAAGAAGGGGACUUGGAACUGCUGCGCGUGCGGUGUCGCUGCUGCCGGCCUUCCCAUUCCCUCGCCCAAAGCCGAAGCCCUUCCUGA